GAAGGCAGCACUGAAGCGUCACUGAAACCGAACUGGAAGCAGUGGAAGUGAGUUUCGGUUCCGUUCGGAUGUGUUUUAAACCUGUUGGGGCUACCGGUGAACCCGCCCUGGGUUCGUUUGUCCGUCCCGACCGAAACCUGGAGAGUUUGGGUCGAAUAUCCAGCCACCGCAUCGGUCCAGAUCCAGAAGAAGAAGGAACAAAUUGAUCCGGACAGACAAUGUUGGAAAGCAUCUCCACAGUGUCCCUGGCAGAGCGCCAGCAGGUUCUUGGAGCUCUGGAGCGCCUGCAGGCCAAGCUGGUUCAGAAGGAGGACUGGACCCACAGCGACACUCUGGAGAACCUGAAGCAGACCCUCCAGAACCCGCUCUUCAACCACAUCCUGACCCUGCAGCACUCCAUCAAGCAGCUUCAGGACCAGCUUAGCAACAUGCCUGCAGACCGCUCCGGUGACUUCAGCUUCUCCAGACGAGGUCAGCUGAACAUGAGCACUAUGGAUCCAGCCAGCCAACUGACUCCGCCCACCCUGUCCACGUCGUCCCACCUGACCAAUGGCUCAGCGCUGCUUUUCCAUCAGACGCCACCCUCAUCCGAGCACCUGCAGAGCUGGAUCCUUGCUGCAGCAAAGGGCCGUCAGACCCAGCUGAUUAGACUGACCCGACCCGUUUCUGGUGGACUGGGCUUCAGCGUGGUGGGUCUGAGCCCACCAGGAAAAAGCAGUCAGGGCGUGUUUGUCAAGCAUAUCCAGCCUGGAGGAGUUGCACACAGAGAUGGAUGUCUGAGAGAGAGGGACCAGAUUCUGGUGAUCAAUGGAAUUCCUCUGGAGUCGGGGAUCAGUCAGCACCAGGCGCUCAGCCUCCUCCAGCAGCCCAGUGAAUCCGUGGAGCUAGUGGUGGCCCGGGACCCACCUUCAGAACCCUCAUCACCACAGGCCACACCCAUAAACAUGGACCAGUGGGGUCAUGUGGAGGAGAUCGAGCUGGUCAAUGAUGGGUCCGGUCUGGGCUUUGGCAUCGUGGGCGGGAAGACGAGUGGAGUGGUGGUGCGGACAGUGAUCCAGAACAGCGUGGCGGACCGGGACGGGCGUCUUCGCACAGGUGAUCACAUCCUUUGUAUUGGGUCGACUCCUACCAGUGGUCUCUCCAGUGACCAGGUGGUCAAGGUGCUGCAGGGCUGUGGAAGUCAUGUGACCAUGGUGAUUGCCAGAGAGCCCCAGGGCCAGAAUUCAGGUGCUCCACGCCCCCCGCCUCCUCCUGACUCCUCCCCCAUAACCUCAUUUCACCUUCUGCCUCCUGAAACACCUCCCCUGCAUCAGGCCAGCAAGAUGGUGAGCAUGCAGCCAAAUCUGGAAGGAUACGAGAUCCACGAGGUUCCCCUCACCAAGAAGGACGACCAAGGUCUCGGGAUCUCCAUCGUUGGCUUCAACCCUCUGACAAGUCAGGAUGCUGUGGGUGUUUUUGUUAAAAAUGUGGUUCCCGGCAGCGCAGCGGACAGGAGUGGAAACAUCCGGGUCCAUGACCGACUCAUUGCUCUGGACGGUGUCAGUCUCCAUGGGAUGACUAACCAGGAGGUUCUGGAGGUGAUGAAGCGGACCAGCCAGACAGUGGUUCUGACUCUGGUCCGAAAGAAGCCCAGAACGUUGGAGAAGUCCCUGGAUAAAGUGGAGAGGGAGCCGUCUCGUGUGUCUUUGAGGAGAACGUUGGAGAAAAAAUCUGGCUCCUCCUCUGUCUCCAUGAAGACUCUACAGGAACCAGCAUCAACAAACAUAGCACAGCCGGACAGAGCCACCGAGGCAGAACUCAGAGCUAAAUGGGAACAGGCUCUGGGACCUCAGUACCAGGUUCUGGUUGUGAACUUGGACCCGGUCAUCAAGGAUGAUGAGGAGCUGCAGAAGUCCUCCAAGCUGCUGCCAAUCCAUAUGCUGCGUCUUGGAGUGGAGUUGGACUCCUUCGACGGGCACCACUACAUCUCCUCUUUGGCCCCUGGGGGCCCUGUGGACACACAUGGAGUCGUGAGACCUGAAGAUGAGCUGCUGGAGCUGAACGGGGUCCAGCUGUAUGGGAAGUCCCGACGUGAAGCUGUCUCCUUUCUAAAAGAAGUUCCUCCUCCUUUCACUCUGGUCUGCUGCAGACUCCUCACCUCUCAACCAGAGCCGGCGCUAGAACCUGGACCAUGUCAAAGCAAUGUCGAUGAGAUGGAGCUGAAGCUGUCGUCGGCGUUGCUGAGAGAUGACACGAUCCAGGACAAGGUGUCUCCUGCAGAGGGAGGUUCUCUCCACAGCCAGGAGGAGGAGGAGGAGGAGGAGGAAGAGGAGCUGGCUCUGUGGUCUCCAGAUGUUCAGGUGGUGGAGCUGCAGAAGGAGAGAGACCGAGGACUGGGCUUCAGCAUCCUGGACUACCAGGACCCGCUGGACCCUGGCGGGUGCGUUAUGGUAAUCCGGUCUCUGGUCCCUGGUGGGUCAGCAGAGCGUCAUGGCGGCCUGCUCCCUGGUGACUUACUUGUGUCGGUCAACAGCACCCAGCUAGACUCUCUCACCCUGGCCCAAGCUGUGGAGGUUCUGAAGUCUGCCCCUCCCGGUACUGUUCAUCUGGGCAUCCGCAAGCCUCUGGUGGCAGAACCAUCGGAGACCAGCAGAGAGGACCUUCAGCUGUCUACCAGUCCAAAGAGACUUUCUGACCUCAGAGACGACCUUCAUCAGGAGGAGGAGGAGGAGGAGGAGCUGAUCCUGGAUGGAGGCCUGCCCUGUUAUGCGUCCCCCCUGACCUCUGACCUUCCUGUGGAGGGGGGCAGGGAGAUGGCUGUUGACGAGGAGGAGUUGAUGGAAGAGCAGAAGAUGGACUCCCAGCCUACGAGAUCUCCUCCAUCGUGGGAGGAGUGGAGGCUGUCGUCCUCCAGCAGGAGCUUGGAGCUGACUGAGCAGGAGGAGAUUUGGGGGGGAGCGGAGUCCCCGGAGGACCAGCACAGAUCGGACCAGGAGAGCAUCGCGUCUGUCGGGAAACUGAUUCUGGGUUUGUCCGAGUCCGGAGAGAGCCGAGCCGACCCGGAGCUCACGCUGACCGACACAGACACAGAGUCUGUCAAAAUGGCUGACACAGCAAGAAGGAAGAGGCGGAGUCAAGGCAGACCAAUGAGAGGAGGCCUGAGGGACCUGUCUGAGAGGGGGGAGGGGGAGGGGGAGGAGACACCUGCCUUCAGCCACUGGGGACCACCUCGCAGGGUGGAGGUGUGGCCUGAGGAAGGACAGUCUCUGGGUCUCAGCAUCGUUGGAGGUCGACAAGUCAUCAAGCGCCUGAAGAACGGAGAGGAACUGAAAGGAAUCUUCAUCAAACAGGUCCAGCCCAACAGCCCCGCGGCUAAAGCUCAGUGCCUGAAGACCGGAGACAAGAUCCUGGAGGUGUCAGGUGUUGAUAUGCGAGCGGCCAAUCAUGAGGAAGCAGUCAGUGCCAUUAGAUCAGCUCCCACUCCCAUUGUCUUCAUUGUUCAGAGCCUGCUGGCAACACCACGGCCUGUUUCUGUUACGGCUUCAAGCUACAGCCGACAGCGAGCCAAGAGGACAGACGCUCAGAGACUAGAUGCAGCCCUCCCCCCUCUCAGACAGCCCCCACCCUACAGGCCUCCCAGCCAGUCAGAACCAGAGGUGGCUCCAGAUCUGGACCAGUUCAGAGAGCGUUACUGUGAGCGGUAUGGAGACCUGCAGGGGGCGCUGCUCUGCGUGGAGCUUGAGAAGGAGCGCCAGGGUUUGGGUCUUAGCCUGGCAGGGAACCGGGACCGGUCCCGCCUCAGCAUCUUUGUAGUGGGGCUCCAUCCUGGGGGGCCGGCGGCCCGAGACGGAAGGAUCCGAGUAGGAGACGAGCUGCUGGAGAUCAACAACCAGAUGCUUUAUGGGCGGAGCCACCAGAACGCGUCAGCCAUCAUUAAGAGCUCCGUCUCCAGGGUGAAGCUGAUCCUGCUCAGAAACGACGAUGCUGUGAACCAGAUGGCUGUCCCCCCCCUGACGUCCCACCCCCCGGCUCCAACCCUGAGCCCUGUGAGCCCUGAGUGUGCGUCUGCUCCCACUCCAUGUGAGGUCUCCACUCCCUCCUGUGGACCCCACCCCACCAACAGUCUGAAGCCCCGCCCCCUUUUGGAUGCUCUGGAGGAGACGACGAGUGAUGACGGGAAUGAAGGCACCAGAACCAGGGAUGACCCCGACCAGUACCUCUUGGAGACUGAUGUGCUUAGAAAGAGGCUAAAAGCUGAAGAGUCUCCAGAAAGUGAGCAGCGGGCUCCACAGGCACCACUGGAGGUUCAGUCCUGCAGGUCUGACAGCAGCUCCAGUAAACCAGCAGCAGCUUCUCCGAUUGGUCCUGAUGCUCUCGCCGCUAACGCAGACCCGUCCUGCUGUGUUGUGGUUCCUGGUCAAGAGACGGUUCUGGAGAUCAGCAAAGGCCGGUCCGGACUGGGACUCAGCAUAGUUGGAGGAAGAGACACACAGCUGGACGCCAUUGUGAUCCAUGAGGUUUAUGAAGAAGGUGCUGCGGCCCGAGACGGACGGCUGUGGGCUGGAGACCAGGUUCUGGAGGUGAAUGGUGUGGACCUGCGCGGAGCAUCUCACGAGGAAGCAAUCACCGCCCUGCGGCAGACACCAGCUAAGGUCCGUCUGACGGUUCUGAGGGAUGAGGCUCAGUACAGAGAUGAGGAGAACCUGGAUGUCUUUAAGCUGGAACUGCAGAAGAAGAGCGGUAGAGGGCUAGGCUUCAGCAUUGUCGGGAAGAGGAGUGGCAGCGGCGUUUUCGUCUCUGAGGUGGUGCGAGGGGGUGCCGCUGAGCUGGAUGGACGGCUGAUGCAAGGAGACCAGAUCCUUUCGGUCAACGGAGACGACACUAGACACGCCUCCCAGGAAGCAGUUGCUGUCAUGCUGAAGUGCGUUCGGGGUCCGGUUCUGUUGGAGCUUGGCCGUCUCAAAGCUUCUUCAUGGAUUUCAUCCAGACACAGUUCACAGGCAAGUCAGGUGAGUCACACCAGCACACAAAGCUCAGGUGUUGUGGCUCCAACCCUUCCACAUCUCGCAGCCUCACCGGACCCUCCCACCUCCAACCAGACAGAGUCCAGCUGUGACAUCACUUCCUCCUGUGAGAGCAGCUCAGACGUGGACAUCCGGACGGUGGAGAUAACCAGG